CAGAGUACAAUUCGCUCUCCAUGCCCGCGAUUUUGAACCCAACACAGUCCAGAAGGCUGCCUCCUUCUGUUCUGUGUCAGCCCUGGAAUCUGAGAGCCUUCCUUUCCGCACUUAGUGGAAGCAGCAACAGUAAGUUUUGCCUGCAGCUAAAAUCUGCCUCUGUGGGAGGGAGACAUCAGAGGCGGAAACGAAACUCAAAGCAGGCGUUGUGGUGUUCCAGCCAUGGCUGCUUUCAGUCCCCGGAAGAGGCUUCAGGAUGAGGUGACUUGCCCCGUUUGCCUGGAGUUCUUCACAGAGCCAGUCAUUCUAGCUUGUGGGCACAAUUUCUGCCAAGCCUGCAUUGUCCAGUGUUGGAGGGAGUCACCCACGGUCGCUGCCUGUCCUCAGUGCAGAGAGAGCGCUGAGCCAAAAGACUUGAGGCCAAACAGGCAACUUGCCAAUAUGGUUGGGAUCGCCAAAGAGUUGAGUGUGCCUGAAAAGCCCGCGAAGCAAGAAGCAGGCGCCUGGGCGAGAGUCUGCGAGAGGCACCAGGAGCCCCUGAAGCUCUUCUGCCAGGAGGACGAAGCCCCCAUCUGCGUGGUGUGCGACCGAUCCAAGGACCACCGAGCUCACACUGUGGUUCCCCUGGAUGAGGCUGCCCAGGAGUACCAGGAACCACUUUCCCCCCCUCUUCAGGAUCAGAUCAGUAGCCGCCUGGAAAUCCUGAGGAAAGAGAGAGAGAAAAUUCUGGCAUGUAAAGCAGACACAGAAAAGAAAAGCCAAGGCCUGCUUGAUGAAACAAAAGCAGAGAAGCAGAAGACCGUGGCGGAGUUCAGACAACUGCACCAGUUUCUGGAGGAACAAGAGGAACGUUUGUUGGCCCAGAUGAAGGAGGUGGAGCAGGAGAUUGAAACAAAAACGGAAAAGCACUUGGCAAAACUCUCAGCCGAACUCUUCUCCCUUGAAGGCAUCAUCCAGGAGAUGGUGGAGAAGCGUCAGCAGCCAGCAGGUGAAUUCCUGCAGGAUGUUAGAAGCACCUUGCAGAGUUUUAAGAAGGAGCCAUUUGAGAAUCCAGUAGUUUUUCCUCUGGAGCUGAAGUGGAGGAUCUGGGAAUUUAGUGAUAUAAAUCCCUUGCUGGAGCGAGUCAUGAAACAAUUCAAAGACACUCUGUUAUCUGGACUUCAGCUGCAGAAAGCAAGCAUCACUCUGGAUCCAGACACUGCUCACCCCAAGCUCAUCCUGUCUAAGGAUCAUAAAAGUGUGAGGCUGGGAGACAAAGAGCGAGCUCUGCCCAACAACCCCAAGAGAUUCAGCGCAUGGUCUUGUGUGCUGGGAUGUAAGGGAUUCACAGCAGGCAGACAUUUCUGGGAAGUCACUGUGGGAAAUGAGAGAAACUGGGCUGUGGGGGUUGCCAGAAAGUCUGUGAAGAGAAAUAUGUAUGUUGACUUUAGUCCAGAGGAAGGAUUCUGGGCUCUGGGGAAGUGGGAUGCUGGUUACUGGGCCUCUAGCGACCCUGAUUACUUUCCACUGCUCCUCAAUGGGGAGCUCAAGAGGAUCCGUGUGUUUCUGAACUGUGCUGGGGAGCGGGUGGCCUUUUUUGAUGCUGAUUCUGCAACCCUGCUCUUUGACAUCUUGAGCGACUCAUUCUCCAAAGAGACUUUUCUCCCUUUCCUUUGGGUGUCUGAAAAAGGGCCCUUGACCCUCUCUCUGUGAAGCAGCCAAAGAGUAGAGACACUCUCAGUCCACGUUCCUCCUCUUUUAUAGCCCUAAUCAGGCAUCAUGUUGUAUCUGCAUACAGAUGUCUGCACACUCAUGUGAUUGUACCUGUGUUCGUUUUAAAACUUGCGUACAGAUGCCCUGAAAUGCAAAAUACUGACAGGAAGUGUUCUGCUCUGUUCAAUGUAAUGUGUGAAUAAUUGUAUCUAUGUUCAGAUCUGCACCCAUGUAUACUGUACACUCACAGUACAAGUGCUGGGUUAGGGGGAAAUGCUUUGUUCUGGAAAAGCUGAAUUUACACAGUAUUGAUUAGAGAAGGGAUUCUCAACGUUGGGCCCCCAGAUGUUCUUGGACUUCAGCUCCCAUAAUCCCCAGCCCCAGUGGCCUUUGGUUAGGGAUUAUGGGAA